GUCGAAUUUCUGAGUGUAAAGUAAAAGCACGUGGACAAAACAAAGUGAACUUCUUUCAAAGAAUCAACGUGAAAAAAUGGAAGUAAUAAAGCAAGAAAUUGACAGCAGUGUCAAAGAAGUCGAGACUGGUGAUAGUACAGAAACUAAAUAUGAAGAAAAAUUAAAAUUUACGAGUUCUAUAGCCAAACCUAUGGCUCCAAAAAAAUUAACCAAAAAAAUUUAUAAAUGCAUCAAAAAAGCUGCAAAAUAUAAAUCUUACCUUCGAAAUGGUUUGAAGGAUGUUCAGAAGCACCUUCGCAAAGGAGAAAAAGGAUUGAUUGUCUUUGCUGGAGACGUAUUUCCAAUAGAAAUCAUGUGCCAUUUACCAAUUGUAUGUGAAGACAAGAAUAUUCCAUAUUGCUUCACACCUUCAAAACAAGAUAUCGGUGCUGCUAUGGGUGUAAAAAGAGGCAGUCUUAUGGUACUUAUUAAAGAGCAUGAAGAAUACAAAGAACUUUAUGAGGAAAUUAGGAAUACAAUGAUAACAUUAUCAACGCCAUUAUAGAUGUGCAUUGAAUCAUUUGUAUUUUUUACCAUUUUGUAAAUAGAAUAAAUUAAUCUAUUCUUUAA